AUGGGGAGGGAAAAACGAAAAGUCCGGCCUUCUACAGGAGCCGCCGGGUCCAGGGAGAAGCGCAGACGAACUCAGAAAGUUUUGUUUGACCCUCUAGCUCCCGCUCCUGAGGGCCUCGUUGCUAGGCCACCAAUACCAAAAUUGAAGCAUCAUAUAUAUUACGAAUUCGUUCAAAAUGAAUAUAAGCAGGAUAAAGUUCUCGAAAUCCAGGAAACCGAGAACAAGAGCCCGCCUCCGGGUUUCGAGUUUGUCCCCAUUGGCAAUCCUGGGUUGACAAAAGCCUGCAAAGACCUUUCUCGCGAGAAAGGCGCCAUGAUUUUCGUAGUAUCGCCCGUCACGAGCACAAGCAGCACUCUUUCCCAGCAGGUCAAUCGACUAGGUCAUCACAUCAGGCAGACUAUCGUGGAAGAAGCAAAAGCCGGCAUAGUGGACCUGCCACAGUCAGGAGCGUUAACACCAGAUGGAAACCCGGAACCAAUUCCUAAGACCCAAGCGGAAUACCAUACCCAGGCAGAUGCAGCGCUUCGUGACCUGUUCCCUCGCAUCCCCAACACUGACCGCCAGAUGAUCAUUGAUCAUGCUUUCACACGGGUUAGUAUCUCCAACAACCGCCCACUGCAGUACUCUUUGACGAACCGUAAUGUUUCCCAGCGUGCGAAUCCAAACGGAGAUCUACCCGUUGGUUUCUCUGGUGAUAUUCCCCUUGCUCGUCGCGUCCAGCUGGCAGUGCUUGCUCACAUUCGCCACCUACACACAAGGUAUGAUGAAUUACUAAAAGAGGCUGGAUGGCAAGCCGCUCGAAAAGCUGUCGAAACACUUUGCCUCGAUAUCCUUGUCAAGUGGCGAGGGGACGAGGAAACAGGACGCGACCAACUAGAUGAAAUACUGCGCGAAGUGGUGGUCAUUUCGGACUCCGAGGAUGACAGCUCUGACGAAGAAACUAUCGAUGAUUCCUCCACGGAUGCUUCUGGCUCAUCCCACUCUGUAUUGAUGCUCACACAGCCGGCGACGGGCCUGCCGCAAAGGACAACCGUAGAACAGCGCAUGUCUCCGGGAACAACCACAGGCGCACAAGGGCAAUCAUCAUUGGCCAAAGGAAAGGCUCCCGCGCAACCUGUGCAUGAGAUGCAGAGGACUGAUCGGAGGAACCAACGUGGUUUUAAGAGAUACCGCGCCUGGGAGGAAGCCAUCAUGCGAAGCCGUGAAGCAGAAGAUGCCCAUGGUGGAUUCAAUGGUGUUGACACUGGCGAAUAUGAUCCACGUCAUGCGCAUAUUCCUGCCAGGCAGUUUGAGGCUCAUCCAUCCAUGGCCUACAACAGUGGUCAAGUCGAGCGGGUGAGCCAGACUAUAGGGUUCAAUGUAAGUUCUGGUCUACAUCCUCAGGCUCCUCCAUUGUAUUCCCGUCCCGUUGGUACGCCUCCGCGCUUCGCAAAUCAUCCAGCGGAAUUUCAUGCCCCUCAUGAGGACUUGGGCACCUCCAUGUACGUAUUUCCCACGGAUCAGACCUCAUCAUCUAGGGUGAUGUCCCCCAUCACCAAUCGUUUACGGGACAUGGCCGUGCCUUCAAUUGAACCGGCGUCCCCUGAGGGUGCGAUGCGGCCAGCGUUCGUAAGGCCGGUGCCGCCGAGGCAACAAGAUCAUUUGGAACCAUUACCGGCCAGGACACAUGCCCCAUUCCACACUAUUCGCAGUGUGUCACCCAUGGAUAACCAAAUUCGUAACUCCCCAGACCGAGGAGGUCGUCGGGUAAUCAGCGAUCACCUGAGCGAAAGAAGAUUGCAGCCCAGCAAUUUUGCUCCUGAACCUGCAAUAUAUGCUCCCCGCGAACGGGUUUCGCUUAUCCAUCCUCUCAACUCUAGUCAUGCUGGACCAGCUCCUCUCCCAGGUUGGACCAGAUCAUAUGAACAGCCCAUUCGCGUCGAUCCUCCCAAGGCUGAUAGAAUUAUUGUUAAUGCAUCGCGACCUGGGACUCGCACUAAUCCAAUUCUUAUGGAGGAUCGAGGUGGUUUCUAUGAGAGAGUCCCACUCCCACCAGAACCAAGACCACUGACACAUCAGGAUGACGCUUCCCUCGCGCACCAUGGAGAGCCUUAUAGAGCGACGGAGUCUUACAGAGUCGUCUCUUCUGCGGAAGGUGCCAGAAUACUGCAAAACAAUCGGAAUAAUCCUGAUGUCGAAGUAAUUCCUAUCCGUCGGCCAGGUGCUUCGCAGCAGUCCGAGCACUAUUAUGGUCACCAUGUGCGACCAUAUCAACGCCCAGUAUUAGAUCGACCUGAUUCAUACCAGUUCGUGUCAAAUGAUCGGGAUGUAGGCGCUCGAGACGUGUCUGGACACCACAUGGCUACGAGAGCUUGGUCUGCCCAAGCUGUAAGACAACAGCCGCAGACGGCACCACCUCCACAAAAUCAGCAAGCAUCGUCAUCGAGUCGUCCACACGGUAAGCGCCCCGCGGCGGAUGAUUAUCAUGAUGGACGAGGACGUCGACCUCGGCUACGACAACCCGAAGAUGUCAUUGUGUUGGAGUAA